GCCCCAAACUGCGUAAUCUACGCAGAAUAAUAAAGUUUUAGUAUUUUAAGAGAAUAUAUCGUUAUUGAAAACUUAAAUAUUGUUCGAGUGUGUAAGAAAAGAAGAAGAAGAAGACUAACAUGUCUGAAGCUGCCGUGCGUGUUUUAAAAAGUGGUUUACGUUUGCCUCCUCUGCCUACUUUAAGGGAUAUCGUGAAGUUGUAUAACUUAAGAGCAGUUAAACAACUCAGUCAAAAUUUCUUAAUGGAUGAGCGCUUGACAGAUAAAAUUGUAAAACAAUGUGGUCGCAUGGACUCAAACGACGUAAUUUUAGAAGUCGGCCCAGGGCCGGGAGGCAUAACGCGCUCAAUAAUCCGACGAGAACCUAAACAUAUAGUAUUGGUAGAGAAAGAUGCUCGUUUCGUACCUACUUUAGAAUUGCUUAGAGAAUGCGCUGCAUCUUUAAAUAUUCAAGUACAGAUAUUCGUUGACGAUAUUUUAACUUUUAACAUCGAAAACCAUUUGCCUGAUAUUACUCAACGUUUACAUCUUAUCGGGAAUUUACCAUUCGCGAUUUCCACACGACUUCUUAUUAAUUGGCUUGAGGAUGUUUCAUUGCGCAGGGGAGCAUUUCGACGCCCCGACACGUGCAUGACGUUAACUUUCCAAAAGGAAGUGGCUGAACGCAUAUGCGCACCUCUCGGUCACGAACAAAGAUGUCGCCUAUCUGUAAUGUCUCAAAUUUGGACUCAACCUUUCCUUAAAUUUGUUAUACCGGGCGCAGCCUUUGUUCCUAAGCCUGAAGUCGAUGUCGGCGUUGUCAAACUGAUGCCCUUAAAGGAACCUAAAACUACAUUAGACUUUAGUUUAGUAGAAAAGGUUGUGCGUCAUAUAUUCAAUAUGCGUCAAAAAUAUUGUCGUCGUGGUUUUGAGACCCUGUUUCCUCCGGAUCAACGUGAAAGUGUGACUUUUGAAUUAUUUAAAGAGGCCGACGUCGAAGAUACCGUCAGACCCUUUCAAUUAUCUGUGGAUGAAUGUUUGCGUUUAGCGACGGCUUAUUCAAAUUUUAUACAGAAAAACCCUGAAGUUGAAUCGUAUAAUUUUAGAGCACCCAAGUAGGUGCUUUUGAAGCCAAAGCAGUUUAAUUUCCUUCUGUAGUACUAAGUGCAUUCAUAAGUGCUUUGUUUAACAAAUAAAAUUAAAUACAUUUUUAAAAUUA